AUGUUAGUAACUAGAAACUAUAAAACUAGGGAUAGACAAAUUAAACUCAAUGAAACUAACAUCUCAACUAAAACUGGUUAAACACCUAGAUAAAUAGCCAAAUAACAAUCUCAAAGAUAUAGAACUGAUCAUCAAGUAGAGAAUGAUAGGUUCUUACAUGUAACUAACAAGGUUAUUUAAAUUAAAAAUAAGAAUUACCUUAACUAAUCUUCAAAAAUACAACCUCCCAACAACAACUACUAAUAUGAAGGAGGUAAAGAAGAAUAAGAUGAAUCUGAAAAAAUAGACUUUUUUUGA